AUGUCUUAGGUUGAAGAAUAAAAGGCUGUCCUUGUAUAAAAGAUAGAAAAGCUUGAGGAUCGUAUAAAGUAUUUGGAGGCACUUUUAGAAAAAAAUUAGAUCCCAUUUUCAAAGAUCAAUUAAGAAUAGUAAUCUAAUUAAGUAGAGGUUGAAUCAAAGUUAGAAUAAUAGUAGGAAAAAGAUCAAAAGGGUCCUUUGCAUACAAAUUUAGAUGAUCCUUUGUUGACUAAAGACACUAUUGAGAGAUAUUCUCGCCAAAUGCUUUUACCAGAAAUUAAAUAUAAAGGUUAGAAGUUGUUACAAAACUCUAAAGUUUUAAUUAUUGGUGCCGGUGGUAUAGGAGCCCCUGCAGCAUAUUACAUUUCUGGAAUGGGAGUAGGAACUAUUGGAAUUAUCGAUCAUGACAAUGUCGAAGAAAGUAAUUUACAUAGAUAGAUUAUUCACAAUGUAGAAAGAAUUGGCAUGAAUAAGGCACUUUCAGCAAAGUUGACAAUAGAAAGAUUUAACCACAGAGUUAAAGUGAAUACUUAUUAGUUCUAGUUGACACCAGAAAAUGCUUAAGAUAUUUUCAGUUAGUAUGAUAUAAUAUUAGAUGCUAGUGACAAUCCAAAAACAAGAUAUCUUGUUAGCGAUGCAUCUGUUUUAGCCAAGAAACCUCUUGUUUCAGGUUCAGCCAUAGGAUGGGAAGGGUAACUUACUGUUUUUAAUUACAAGAAUGGUCCUUGCUACAGAUGUUUAUACCCAGAGUGCCCUAAAGCCGGAAGUGUUAAAAGUUGUGGUGAGGCAGGAGUAGUUGGUAUGAUUCCUGGUAUUAUAGGUUUAUUAGAAGCUGUUGAAUGUAUGAAAAUUUUAAUUGAAGCUCCUUAGGCUAAAGUUCUUUCCUAAAGAAUGAUCAUAUUUGAUGGGUACGAAGGAACUUUUAAAGCCUUCCGUAUUAGAGGCCCUCAAAAGAAUUGCAUUAGCUGUGGUGAAAACAAAACAAUUAAGUUUGUUAAGGAUUAUGAUUAUGAUAAUUUCGUUGGAGCUAGCUGCUAAGCAUUUACUGUGAAAGAACAUAAUUUCAAAAAUAUUACAUGGAAGGAAUUUGUUUAAGAAAAAGAAAAAGGAUUUUCUGAUCAAGCCGAGUUUAUUGAUGUAAGACCUGAAAGCUAAUAUGAUAUAGUCAAUAUACCUCUUUUUAAAAAUAUUCCAUAUCAAGACUUGUAAGAUUUGGAUGAAAAUGCCCUCAGCAACUUAUUAGGUGAUAAAAACAAAAAAAUAUUCAUUAUGUGCAGAAGAGGUAAUAUGUCAAGAUUGGCUGGAAACGAUUUGUUUAAGAAAGGCUACAAAGAUGUUUAUAAUGUUGUUGGUGGUAUUAAUGAGUAUGGCAGAGAUUUUGAUUAAAGCGUGCCUUUUAUUUGA